AUGCCUCCAUCAAACUGGCAGAAGGCCAAAAAGGCCGGCACUGCUCAGCAUUUCACGCUGGUGCAUCGGCCCCAGAACGACCCUCGCAUCAACGAUGAGUCUGCGCCAUCGAUGGUGCUGAAUCCGACCCAGCAACCAAAUUCUUCCAAAAUCAAGAAGCUAGACGACCUUGCAUCCGAACUCGGCUCAGACGCUCAGAGCAUACGAGACAACGAAGGCGAGGCGGCGAACUACGGCAUCUACUUCGACGACACCGAAUAUGAUUACAUGCAGCACAUGCGUGAGAUUGGCACCGGAGGUGGUGAGGCUGUCUUCGUGGAGGCCAAGGCACCACAGAAUAAGGGCAAGGGCAAGCAGUCGCUCGAAGAGGCGCUCAAGCAGAUGGAGUUGGAGCAGAAGUCGGGUGAUCUGCUGGACGAAGACAUCUUGCCGUCGAAAGACUUGCAAAGAUUGACCUACCAGUCGCAGCAGGAUAUACCGGACGCCAUCGCCGGCUUCCAACCUGACAUGGACCCUCGUUUGAGGGAAGUCCUGGAGGCGCUGGAGGAUGAUGCUUAUGUGGACGACGAUGAAGACAUCUUCCAGGCGUUAUCGAAGGAUGCGGGUGAGCUGAACAGGCACGAGUUUGAAGAGACUUAUGACGAGUAUGAGGAUGAUGGCUGGGAGUCUGAUCACACUGCGAAACCGACCAAGGAGUACCAGGAUGACGACGAGGUGCCGGCGCUUGUGAAUACGGCGGAGACGCCAGAGCAGGGGCCGUCACAAGAUUGGCUGGAGAACUUCAAGCAGUUCAAGAAGGACCAAAAAACAGAGAAGAAGCCUGCGGGACCAUCACCCAUGGACGGCCAAUCGUCAAUGUGGACGACGACCACCAUGGGUGCCCGAAAGAAGAAGAGGAAGGGCGCUCUGACGAACCCCUCAGCUUAUUCGAUGACAUCGUCUUCUCUGAUGCGCAACGAACAGCUAACCAUCCUGGACGCGCGGUUUGACAAGAUGGAGGAACGCUACGGGGAGAUGGAUGACGAGGAGGAGGGCUCGAUUGUGUCAGGCAUGUCCUCCAUGUCCAGUAUCCAAGGCCCUAUGAGGCAAGAUUUUGAUGGCAUUCUCGAUGAGUUCUUGGGAAGCCACAAGAUGCAGGGAAAGAGGCGUGUGAAGAGAGGCAAGGACCAGAGUGGAGUGCAGGAGCUGGAUGAAAUCAGGAAAGGACUUGGACCGGCGCGGAUUAAAGGACGAUCCGGUUGA